AUGUCCUCUCAACUACAGCCUUUGAUUCUAUGGGGAGGCGUCGACGGCCCGAAUCCUCCUAAAGUCGCCAUGGUUCUCGACGAGCUCAAUCUCCCGUGGACUCCCAAAUAUAUCCCGCAUACCGAAACGAAAACCCCAGAGUAUGAAAUGAUCAACCCGAAUGGUCGUCUUCCUUCUCUCGAGGAUCCUAACACCGGUAUCACUGUUUGGGAAUCCGGUGCAAUUCUGGAAUACUUGAUUUCUGAAUACGACCACGAGCGCAAGCUCAGCUUCCCGCCUGGUACCCCAGAGUUCUACCAUACCAAACAAUGGCUCCAUUUCCAAAUGUCAGGCCAAGGACCUUACUACGGACAGGUGUACUUCUUUAAACAUUUUCACCCCGAGAAGGUGGACAGCGUCAUUAACCGUUUCAUCAACGAAGUUCGUCGGGUAUCAAGUGUUUUGGAUAAGCACCUGGCAACUCGCCAGUACCUCGUCGGCGACAAGUGCACAUAUGCAGAUAUCGCUUGGGUUCCCUGGCAGGUUAUAGCGACGGGCUUGGUUGAAGGAGUGUUUGACCCUGCGGAGGAGUUCCCAAGUCUUCAGGCUUGGCUUGAGAGAUUGCAAGCUAGGCCUGCUGUGAAGCAGAUUAUGGAAGCUACAAAACAGAGAGCAGAGCACAGAGCUAGUCUUGUUAAGAAAUUGUAG